AUGGCUACGGUGCUACAGGGAAAUGAAAACAAAGUUUUGGUAACGUUAGCCAAGUAGUUAUCUUGAAAAAUUACUUCUACACUUGUUGGAAACUGAUGAAAUGCCAGUAUUGAAGUUUGUUUGACAAAAAAAGGUAGGCUCAUUUCGUUGUAGGAGCGGGGGCCACUUUUAACAUUCGGUCUUGUUUGGCUAGCUAGCUAACGCAACUAGCUAUAGCGAUUUCCUGCAUAAUGGUUCAUGCUAUUUGCUUUAUUACCACUGCAUGUAGCCUUUUUUGCUAUACAGGCGGUAAAGCUUUUUUGUCGUUUACAAAUAGUUAAAUAUUCACCUACCACAUUUGCAGUGCGUGCUGGGAUUUGAGUUGUGAGACGCAGUAGGUUGUUACAUGUGAAUAAAAUAUACAAUUUAGCGGACACUUUUAUCCAAAGCGAUUUACAGUCAUGUGUGUAUUGAUUGUACGUAUGGGUGGUCCCUGGAAUCGAACCCACCAUUCUGGCGUUGCAUGGGACAUGCUCUACCAACUGAGCUACAGAGGGUGAUAGUUAUACAGCCAACCAUUGUGCUAUAAAAAAAGAGAGAAGAAGGAAAUGUUUACCCUCGCAUCAGGAUGAUGAAUUUCAUAUAUUUACUUUAUUCAUGAACGUGUCUAAUAGGCUGUCCUCUGUACCUCCAACUAGGUGCCUUGGUUGAAGAUGGAUGCAGUUCCUUGCACUUGGAACACUACAAGAGUUCAGGAGUCGUUUGCUCGGACUAAGCCUGCAUCGGACGCUCUAACAAAGCUGGCAAAACUUGUGGCACAAAAGCAAGAGAGUCAAAGCCAAAACCAACUACUGCCUGAUGUGUCCCCAUGUGUGUGCGCAGAGUGCGGCCAGGGAUUCUCUGACAUGGCCGAGUUAUUGCACCACCAACAGGGAGAACAUGCCUUACGUAAGCGUCACCGAUGCCUUUCCUGUGGCAAGGAGUUUUCUCUCCUAUCCUCUUUGCAGUUGCACAAGUGCAUUCAGGAUGCAGCCCCUUGUCAGCUCUGUUGUGGCAAACCUCAGCUAGGUGCUCCAUGCAGUGCGUGCAAGGCGUCAACCUCAGACUCUCAGAGUGUCAAGGAUAAGUCUCUCCAUCACCAGUCCCACCAUCAUGAUAGCAGAUCCUAUGCCUGUGCUCCGUGUGGUAAAAGCUUUAGCCAAAAGCAAGCGUUGCUUCACCAUCAGCAGGCUGGCUGCAGUAAAUCUGCCUCACGAACUGCGAAGGUUGCCAGCCCUCCAGCUGACUCUCCCUCGCCUGAAUCUACCCUCUCUGACUCUUCUCCCCCUGACUCUCCCACCUCGGACUCUCCUUCCCAUGAUGCCACUAGUGCCCCAGAUCCUGACAGGCCAAGCCAAUGCCCACUUUGCCCCAAGAGCUUUCGCUCAGGAGCUGGCCUUGCCUGUCAUCAGCGAUCCACCCAUCAGAAGGAGUGGAGCAUCUCUAAGUAUCUCCCACCAAAAGGAGGAGGCACAAAUGGGGUCGAUAGAAUAUCCCAGAAGAAGUCUGGGCCACCCCAACCCAAAGGAAGAGGGAGGAAGCAGGCAAAUGGAAAAUCCAAGCAGAGGAGCCAACUUCUCUCCUGUCGUUCCUGUGAUAGGGUCUUCCUAAGCACUGCCAAACUCUACUUGCACAGACAAGAGUCCCACAGCAGAGAGAAGGAUAUCAGAAGAGAUCCAAGGCCGCUGAUUAGCAAGCGGAGGAAAAGAGAGACUUACCCAUGUGAAGUUUGUGGUAAAGUGUUCUUGCACCACUUGUCACUUAAGGCACACGUCAAGAACCAUAGUCAAGAACCACCAUGCCAAGUUCAGCAGGUUGGGAAAGCAGCCAAGGAGCCCAAGUUAGCUGAGAAGAUGCCAAAAAAGCCAAAAAGCAACCUAGCAAGGAAGAUUGGAGGAACAUCGGUCAAGGCUGGCAGAGGGAGACCAAAGAAAAUUCCCAUGAAAGAGGAAGAGGGAGAGUUUCCUUGCCCGUCUUGUGCUGAGGUGUUUUCUUUGCAGUCUGCCCUGAAGGAGCAUGAGGAGCUGCAUCAGCCUACAGGGAGUAUGAGACACUGCAGCGUGUGCAGUCAGGGCAUGGGCAUCUCUAAGAAGCCUGGGGCCAAGCUUCGGAGGGCCUACCACUGUGUGCCCUGCCUGAAGGCUUUUGGAACACUGGACACUUUCUUACAACACUGCCAAGAUCACCUCGUUGUCAGUGGCGAUGAGGAAGGGAGCUAUUCAGACACUGAUGGCAAAAUCUGAGAUUAUGUACUCCUCCUUCGUUUUUUUUAACAAGCUGUACUGAGUUCCCAAGAGAAUAUUAUGUGUACAUGUAGAU